AUGGCGUUGCGGGCGGCCCGGCCGCGGUUCGGGCCGCUGCAAUUGGCGCUGGCGGCGGCGGGGACAGCGGCGACGGCGCUGGACGUGUUCGCCGACGGGUGGGUGGCGGCCGGGUACGCGCGGGGCGGGCAGCCAGGCUGGGCCGUGCUGGUGCUGGUGCUGCUGGCCGCCGCCUCGCUGGCUACCCAGGCCUGCAGCUGGCUCUGGCUGCGCUCCGACCCUCCCGCCCUGCGCCCCGACUUGCCGCCGUGGCUGCUCGCCGCCCUUCACCUCCUCCAACUCGGCUUCCUCUUCAGGUGCCUCCACGCUCUGAGGGUGGGCUGGAAGGUGUGCAGGGCAAAGACAGAAGACGAGGAGGAGCAGAGCCACAUGGCCUUCCUCUCGCACGACAUCAGCAUGCUGCGCCUCUUCGAGACCUUUUUGGAGAACACCCCACAGCUCACCCUGCUCCUCUAUGUCAUCCUGAGGACAAACAAGGCAGAGCCCUCCCAGUGGCUGGGAAUCUGCACUGCGUUCCUGUGUGUGACCUGGUCUUUAGUGGAUUACCAUCACUGCCUGCGCUCCUUCUUGCAGGACAAGCACGAGCUGGGCAUGGGCUCCUCCAUGGUCUACUUCCUGUGGAACCUCUUCCUCAUCUGCCCUCGUGUCCUGGCCCUGGCCCUCUUCGCCCUGCUCUGGCCCUACGGCCUGGCCGUGCACUUCCCACUGGUCUGGCUGGCGAUGUUCCUCUGGGUCAGCCUGCAGGGCACAGACUUCAUGGAGUCCCCUGGCCCCGAGCAGCUCUACCGGGCCCUGGUGGCCGUCAUCCUCUACUUCAGCUGGUUCAAUGUGUCCCCGGGCAGGACGCUGCAGCGCAGCAUCAUCUACCACAGCUUCCUGCUGGUGGACAGUGCCUUGCUGGCCCUGGCCUGGCUCUGGGGCCGCUCCCCCUCUGAGGACCACUCCUACCUCAUCCCAGUGCUCUCGGCAGCGCUGCCCUGCUACCUGCUGGGGCUGGCACUGAGAGUGGCCUACUACCGGGGGCUGCACCCCAACGUGUGGGCACAGCAAGCAGCUGGCUACGAUGAGGUGGAUGCCAGGAGGGGCUGUGGGGCUGUGAACAGGCGAAUGCAGUGCCUGGCCCAGGCCCAGUUUCCCAGGGGCUGGCCAGCAGCACAGCGCUUCCUGAACGGGGCCACUGAGUCUGCUGUCUGAGGCUGCCUCUGAUGUGGC